CACAUCCUAACGACUCUUUAGCAUGUCCGCUUAAAGAAGGUGCUAGCAAGACAAGGCAGCAUUAAACUCUUUACAAUGUUACUCUUGGGGUUAAAACACGGUAGUGUCGCCACGGUUUGAUGUCUAGACAGUUUAAUUUAAAAGUGGCAUUGAAGUGAGCCGUAAAUAUACAGCACAGAAUUCGAUCCGAGUGCAGAAAUGAACGUCGCUAAUCAAGGAAGUCGCCCAGCUGGUGGACAAAAGUAGCUAGCUAGCUAGCCAGCUAGCCGUUAGCAGGAGCACUUUUGUUUUGGGUUUGAGGUGAAGGGUUGUUUUUUUUGUUUAAACAUGAGCUGAAACUCAUGAGCCAGUAACUCUUUAAAGUCACUUCGGGAGUUAGAUAAACAUGCGUAGGGUGUCUUUGGAGUGAAUAUUAACCCUGUUUUAUGUGACAUCAGAAACAACAACAAGCCACCCACAGGGCGUCGUUAGCAUUUCGAGAGGUCUAUUUUAGUGGAAACGCUGGACCAGGAGGAGAGUGGAAAAUAUGGGCAACUGUCUCAAAUCCCCGACAUCGGACGACAUCUCUCUGCUUCAUGAAUCCCAAUCUGACAGGGCGAGUUUCGUGGACGGCACGGAUGCAGACCUGGAGCCACCACCGCCUUACCAGGAGCAGGCUCACAUGCCCAUGUACCAUCCCACGCCCAGCCAGGCCCGUCUGGCCACCCAGCUGACAGAGGAGGAGCAGAUCCGCAUAGCCCAGCGCAUCGGACUGAUCCAGCACCUGCCCAAAGGCGUGUACGACGGAGGGCCGGAUGGCUUGGAGAAAAAGAUCAGAGAAUGCGUGAUCUGCAUGCUGGACUUUGUCUAUGGCGACCCGGUGCGGUUCCUGCCGUGCAUGCACAUUUACCACAUGGACUGUAUAGACGACUGGCUCAUGAGGUCCUUCACGUGCCCCUCCUGCAUGGAGCCUGUCGAUGCAGCCCUGCUGUCCACCUACGAGACCAACUGAUGCUCCCAGGAGCGUAAAAACACACAUAAAGGUUGGCUGUCGUCUUGUCUUGCACUUUCAAAAAAAAAAAGUCCCCUGACCUGAUACUGUUCUUAAAACAACCCCUAAGAAAGUUUCAGAAUUCUAGAUUUGGGUGCAUCUACUUGAGCUGGCCUCAGUGGUCACUUUACGGUAAAUUAUUGACCAAAAACACCCUAAUCAGAAGCGCAAUGUUACACAAUUCUACUAUUACUAGUUGAAAUACUAUUUAUGAAUACUAAUUGGCUGUGGUGUGUCAUUCCCUUACACAGGGAUAUAAUCCAUAGUAAAUAUGUAAAGACAAGAAUACACAGCAAACCCUGUAUAAGCGAAAAUAGGUUGUGAAUGUAAUUUUGGUGUGUGUUUGUACAGUAUGUGUGUGUGUGUGCGUGUUAAUAAAGCAGCCAGUGUAAAAGGCUCUGGUGCAUGAGCAAGAGGAUCACAAGUUAAACAAACACACACACACACAUCAUCUGAUCCACUGAUUUGCACUUUACUUUAGGAACAAUAUCUUAAACUAUAUAUAUGAUUAAUAUAUGUAUAACCUUGCACUAUCAACACGUCUUUUCGUUUUUGUUCAGUCAGUGUGUGCGGUCACAAGCUUGCUCAUCACUCAUUUGAUUCCGCAUUUAUUUGUCAUUAUUUCGGUUGCUAUUAUUUUUUAGUGUUGUUGUUGCAUUUAGGCUUACUUAUAAUGUCUCACUGUGCAAACCAAGUUCAGUGUCAGUUCAAAAUUAGUUUUCAUUUGAGCAAAUUUCCUUUUUACUGUGUUUUUAAACCCGAUCUGAAUGAUCACGUUUCCUGUAAUCAUUAUUUUAUUUCUUUUUUGUUUGUUGGAAAAGUUAACCAGUCCCCAUGUGUGUGUGUGUGAAAAGGAAAAAAAAAUACAAUAAAUAUGAAAAGAUAAUCUUCUGGUUUUAUUAUGUAUACUUCUAACCUACAGAUAAAUGAAGCUAUUAUACACCUGCACACUGGAAUACAUACAUGAGCUGUAACAAAAGAUGUGUACAAUUGUUAUGAUAAGCAAUAUUAAAUGUAUACCUCUC